AUGCAAGCCCGAGUGAGCGCUCUGCUGCCCGGUCGCAGCGGUGUGGACGGUAUACGUCAGGCCUCGCACUGCACACAGAGCGCCUCUAGUGUGACUGAGGGAGACUGGAGGAAGACUGGAGGAAGACUGGAGGAAGACUGGAGGAAGACUGGAGGAAGACUGGAGGAAGACUGGAGGAAGACUGGAGGGAGACUGGAGGGAGACUGGAGGGAGACUGGAGGGAGACUGGAGGAAGACUGGAGGGAGACUGGAGGGAGACUGGAGGGAGACUGGAGGGAGACUGGAGGGAGACUGGAGGGAGACUGGAGGGAGACUGGAGGGAGACUGGAGGGAGACUGGAGGAAGACUGGAGGAAGACUGGAGGAAGACUGGAGGAAGACUGGAGGAAGACUGGAGGAAGACUGGAGGGAGACUGGAGGGAGACUGGAGGGAGACUGGAGGGAGACUGGAGGGAGACUGGAGGAAGACUGGAGGGAGACUGGAGGGAGACUGGAGGGAGACUGGAGGGAGACUGGAGGGAGACUGGAGGGAGACUGGAGGGAGACUGGAGGGAGACUGGAGGGAGACUGGAGGGAGACUGGAGGGAGACUGGAGGGAGACUGGAGGGAGACUGGAGGAAGACUGGAGGAAGACUGGAGGAAGACUGGAGGAAGACUGGAGGAAGACUGGAGGAAGACUGGAGGAAGACUGGAGGAAGACUGGAGGAAGACUGGAGGAAGACUGGAGGAAGACUGGAGGAAGACUGGAGGAAGACUGGAGGAAGACUGGAGGAGACUGGGAGGGAGGGAGACUGGAGGGAGACUGGAGGGAGACUGGAGGGAGACUGGAGGGAGACUGGAGGGAGACUGGAGGGAGACUGGAGGGAGACUGGAGGGAGACUGGAGGGAGACUGGAGGGAGACUGGAGGGAGACUGGAGGAAGACUGGAGGAAGACUGGAGGAAGACUGGAGGAAGACUGGAGGAAGACUGGAGGCUCUAGAUCUGCGAUGUCUGGAUUACACAUGUAGUCGAGUAUCUAUCAGAACGACAACUCUGUGCUGCUGCGAUUCAAAAUAA